GACCUUUAAGAUCCAGUAUAGCAAAGCGGACGGACAAGUGAAGUGAUCUCGUCAUUCGGCAAAUUACGUUUUUAGCAUCUAGUCGUCACAAGUUUUUAGUGAUGCUCAAUUUUUUAUAGUGCUUAAUAGAUUAUUUUGUUAUAGUUGAACCAAAAGUGACAAAGAAACUGUUGAAAUGAAGGGAUUAACUCUGUUUUUUAGUUUAGCAGUUCUGUGGAGGAGCGCAUUUUCAGAGUCGUGCAUAACUCCACUGAAGAGACAAAGCGAUUGCGUUUCGAUCUACGACUGCCCCCAGCUUCUCACGCCUUUCGAGCAGAGGCCUCUACCGAAUCACGUGAUCAACUUCCUCAGACAGUCGCAGUGUGGCUUCGAAGGAUACAUACCAAGAGUGUGCUGUGGCCCCAUACCGCCUGCACCGGGUGGACAAACACCAACAAAACCUCCUGGAGGUACAUCACUGCCCAGACCUAUUGAAGGAGAAGAUCCUGUAUAUGAAGAAGAUUCUUACCCAGAAUCUCGAGACAAGUGUGGCUUGGAAACCGGCGCCGACCGUAUCUACGGCGGUCAGUUUACGGAGCUCGAUGAGUUCCCAUGGAUGGCUCUAUUGGGAUACCGACCACGCAAUAAUGGACCAUUGACGUACCAAUGCGGUGGAGUGCUGAUCAAUCAUCGUUACAUCCUCUCGGCUGCCCACUGCGUUGUCGGAGAAAUUGAAAAAGCUGUCGGAAAACUAACAUCAGCUCGUUUGGGAGAAUACGAUACACAGACAGACAUAGAUUGCGCAGAGCCCAACGACUGCGCUGAUCCCCCGCAAGAAAUCUUGGUGCAUUCCUCGUAUCCCAACCCUGGAUUCUCUGAUAGAAACAAGAACAGACAGGACGAUAUUGCAGUGAUAAGACUCGCUAGAAGGGCUGCUUACACAACUUAUGUUCAACCAAUCUGCCUAAUAGACAACAGGAUCCGACUGAGUGCCGGCGAUGACGUAUUUGUAGCUGGCUGGGGAAAAACCCUGGAAGGAAAGAGCAGUCCAAUCAAGCUCAAGCUCAAUGUGCCAAUCUUCACGAAAUCUGAAUGUGUGUCAAAGUACAGAACUCUCGGAGCAGAUUUGACGGACAACCAGCUGUGCGCUGGUGGAGUGUUCGCCCAGGAUGCUUGUAGAGGAGAUUCAGGGGGUCCGCUGAUGAGGAAGACUCCUUCAGGAACUUGGGAAACUGUGGCCGUUGUCUCCUUUGGAUAUGGCUGCGGAAGGGAUGGCUGGCCAGGCGUUUACACGUCCGUAUCUCAUUAUAUUGAUUGGAUAAGAGACGUGAUGGCAUCAUCUAAUGUAUAGACAAGGUUUAGGUUACAAUUGUAAUUCUAGGAUUUUUACUAUUGCCAUAAUUUACGUUGCCAGUUUGUCUUAAAAAUUAAUUACUUACAAACUUCCCUCAUUCCGAAGUAGUUUUUUUUAAAAAUCUAGUAUCUAGUUCUAAUAUAUGUAUUAGUGCGAUACCAGAUACGCAAAAAACUUACUGAGAACGGAAGAUAUUAUUAUGAAAUUCCCAUCAGGGUUUUUACAACUAUUUGGGAAGACCAUCUUAACACAAUUGUGAGAGAUUAAAUAUAUUUAUGUGUGAUAAUAGUGAAAAUGUAAAUAAUAUUAUGAUUUAAGAUACUCUCAGUGUUUGUUAAAAAAAUAGACUGGAAUAAAAUAUGCAUUUUCUAUGA